AUGAUAGAACGCUUCUGCUAUCAGGUCGAAGAUGAACAAGUCCCGUUCGCCCGACAGCUUGGCGAAGUCUCCCGCAGUUUUAGCGAGGGCUGCGCAGUCAACGACAGCGAAGUCGUCGACAUCAAGGCCAUCAGAGAGUGGGCCGACUUAGGUAACGAGCCUGCAAAGGCAUGCUCUGGGAAGGUGCUCCUCAUCGCUGAGGAGGAGAACCUUGUGGUGCUUGAGCAAGAAAUCGGAAAAAGGUUCCGCAACAUGCAAUACCUGGUCAGACUGGUCGACAUUGCUGAUCUCUACCAUGCAGCACAGCCAUCGCCUACUCCAGCGGCUACGACUGACGACGUAUGUAAGCUUACACUAGGUCAUGAUGCUGGCCUACAGGUAACAGAUCGAGCGAGCCACAUCCUUCAGGCCGCCAGGGCAAUCGUGGUGGGACAUGCUGCAAGAUCGCAGCCCACUUCUCCAACCUUAUCGCCUUCCGAUCGAUCAAGUUCGAGCAAUCACAGCCAGCGCGCAGCGUCUGUCUCGCGCGGUGGCAGCAACGACACUGACUGGGGAGAAGACAGUGACACGGAUGAUGGCUUCGAUCGGGUGAGGUCCAUGACCUUCGGGUCGACUUUGAGCACACCGGUCCCGCCUCCCAUCAGAUCGACAUAUGUGCCCUCAAGCGGCUCCGCAGCUGUGAGACAUCUCUCGUCCGCAAUAAGAACAGCCCUCACGACACAGCCCACAACUACCGCCACAUUUGCUCCGGCACGCUUAGGCCCAGCCGCCGCCGCCGCUGCAUCUGUGCAACCUAGAAGCACGGCAGACACUUGGCCGCAGAUUGUAGCUUCCGAGAGCAAGUGUACCAGAGAAGAUCAGCACAAACGCCAGCAGCUCCGCGACCAAUUCAUUCCGAAGCGCAUAUACGACCGCAAUGUCGAAUACGACGCCUUGACUAUGACUCUCGAGGGAAAACUCAUCGACAUCGCGAGGAAACACGACUACCCCAAUUUCCACCGCUGCGUCUACCAAGCUUCCGCCUCAGCUCAUCCCAUCGUCAUGCCGCCCGUGACAGUGAACUUCCCAGAUCUCGCCAAGUUCGCUGUCAAGAAGGUCACUAUCACGGAAGCAGUGAUCCGGGGGGUGACCAGGAACAUCGAGCUUCGUACUUUCGUUUCGGACUGGUACACUCCCAUGCGCGUGAUGGAGGGUCUCGCUGAGGAUGGGCCGGUGGCCGAGCAGACAAAGAGGCAUAGGGAGUUCACGACGAUGUUGAGGAUCUUGAGGAGGAUUUUGAGCGGCGAUCGAAUGAAUACGGGGUCGUCAGGAGCCGUUCGUCUCUAA